AUGAAAGAUUUUCGCCCAAUUAGUUUGUGCAAUGUUGUCUACAAACUAAUCUCUAAGUCUUUGGUGAUUCGGUUUAAAACUAUUCUUCCUCAUGUUAUCUCAGAAACUCAAAGCGCCUUUUUGCCUAAUAGGCUCAUUACUGAUAACAUUUUGGUAGCCUUUGAAUUGGUUCAUUGCCUCAAGCACAAAACUAGGGGUAGGAAAGGUUUUUCAGCGCUCAAACUGGACAUGAGCAAGGCUUUUGAUCGAGUGGAGUGGUCAUUCAUAGCGGCUGUUAUGGGAAAAAUGGGGUUCAGUCUUCGUUGGGUGGCUCUUAUCAUUAAUUGCCUACAAACUACUCAACUAUCUUUCAUUGUCAAUGGUGCCAUUUCAGGCAAUGUGAAACCUCAACGGGGUCUCAGGCAAGGAGAUCCACUAUCUCCUUAUCUAUUCUUGAUUUGUUCUGAAGGAUUGUCUCGAUUGCUACAAUAUGAAGAGUCUAUUGGCUGCUUAAAAGGUUUAGCUAUCUCAAGACACUCGCCGUCCAUUUCUCACUUGCUCUUUGCUGACGAUAGUUUGUUGUUUUGUGAGGCGGAUGAUAGAUCUUGUGGUGCAAUCAAAAGAGUUUUGGACACUUAUCACAAAGCUUCUGGUCAACAAUUGAAUACUGAUAAGUCUGUCAUGUCCUUUUCACCUAAUACCACUGAGGCUGCAAAACACUCUUUCCGAAACAUUCUAGGCAUGCCUAUAUGCGAUUGUCAUGAGUCAUACCUUGGUUUACCAGCUUAUUCUGAGCGUGAUAAGAAGAACAUGUUCAAUCACAUAAAAGAGCGUAUUUGGAAAUUAUUACAUGCUUGGACUGAUAAGAUCUUCUCUGUUGGUGGUAAGGAGGUUCUACUUAAGGCUGUCAUUCAAUCAAUUCCCACAUAUGCAAUGAGUUGCUUCAAACUUCCUGUUAAAUUUUGUCGAGAAAUUGAGAGUAUGAUGUCAAAUUACUGGUGGGGCACGACUACAGAUAAGAAGAAGAUUCAUUGGAAACAAUGGAAAUUUCUGUGCCAUUCUAAAAUGGAAGGUGGCUUAGGAUUUCGUAAUUUUAUCCAUUUCAAUCAAGCUGUUCUAGCAAAGCAAGCUUGGAGGUUAUUCCAAAAUCAUAACUCUCUGCUAUUCCGUGUUCUUAAAGGUCGAUACUUUCCCAGGAAUGAUUUUCUCUCUGCUGCAACUGGUGGUGCCUCUUCUCUCACCUGGCAAGGGAUCUGCUGGGGCAGAGAAUUACUGAAAAAAGGAAUUAGGAAGAAAGUUGGGAAUGGUUUUAGUAUCAGCUGUGCAAAUGAUCCUUGGAUCCCUGGCAAUUUGAUUUUCACUCCCAUAUUUUAUUCUGGUAUUCCAAAUAGUGUUGUUGCAGACUACAUUACACCAGAUCGUGAGUGGAAUUUUAGUAAAUUAUCAGCUGACUUUUCAUCGGUUGAUGUUGGAAGGAUCUUAUCUCUGCCUUUAUCCAAUAAUGCAAGCCCAGACUAUUGGAUUUGGCAUGGUACGGGGGGUGAGUAUGAAGUUAAAUCAUGUUAUUUCUUUGCUUGUUCCUCUUCUGCUGAUACUUAUGAGUCGGUCUCCAACCCAAACACUGCAUGGUGGAAGUCCUUUUGGCAGCUCAAACUACCCCCUAAAGUGAAAAUUUUUUCUUGGAAAGCUAUACAUAAUGCAUUGCCGGUUGCUGCUGAACUUUUUAAGAAAAAAUCUCUCACUUCAGCUUCGUGUAGUUUGUGCCUUAAUGCUUGGGAAUCGGUGGGACAUGCAUUGUUUUCGUGUAAACAUGCUAGACAUGUUUGGAAAAUUGCUGGUUUUACAUUUAAUAACAAGGCUGCUGUUUCCAUGAACAUAGAAGACUUUUUGUUUCAAAUUUCAGAGAGUUAUACCAAAUCUGAGUUGGAAACGAUCUUUUGCACAAUGUGGUCUAUUUGGUCUGAUCGAAACAAUGUCAUUCAUGGUAAAUCCCCUCAACAGCCGACUGUUAUUUCUGCAAAGGCUCAGAAUUUUCUAAACAAUUAUAAGUCUACACAGCAGUUAUCUCUUCCUGCUGGUUUGUCACCGCCUGCUACACCAUCCAUUUCGAAAGCUUGGUCGCCUCCUCCUCCCACCUGCCUGAAAUUGAAUGUUGACGCCGCCUUUGAUGAAGCUUGUAAUAAAAUUGGUUUUGGUGCUAUAAUCAGGGAUUCAAAUGGCAAUAUCACGGCUGGAAUGUCUCACCCAAUUAAUGGCUGCUGUCUACCACAAGAGAUGGAAGCUAAGGGACUUUUUUAUAGUCUCAAAUGGGCAAGACAACUCAAUUUUAAGGUGGAUAUGGUAGAAACGGAUUCUUUAAUCCUUGCCAAUGCUCUUCGCAAAUCAACAUCAAAUCGUUCAUCUUUUCAAGAUUUAAUAUUUGCUGUUCAAACUGAAUUAUCCUAUCUCCCUACAGUUUGUGUUAAUCAUGUUUAUCGUGAUGGUAACCAAGCCGCUCACGGUUUGGCUAAACAAGCUCUAGUGUUGGAUAAUGUUUGUACAUGGCUUGAGGACUUUCCCUCAAAUUCUAUUCGGCUGGGUGGGAGAAGCCGGGAUUGCUUGAGUUUGUUGACAGAAGUGAGGAAAAGGUUUGAGGAAUUAGGAGGCAUCAAUGAUCUUCCAGGGUCUGAUGCUCCCCAUAAAACUGUCCACUUGGUGCAGAGAGCCCCCUUCAAUUCAAACUUUCUUGUCUUGGAUGGAUCCUUCAAAGAUGGGAAAUGCGGUUUGGCCGCUGUCGGUUUUGACAGGAAUUCAUCUACUUGGAUCUCAAUAUGUAAGAGCUCUGAAGGCUACUCGGCUCUUUAUUCUGAACUUCAAGCCAUCUACAUGGCUCUACAGUGGGCCAUUGAGCAGCGUUGGACGUCCAUCUUCCUUUUCUCGGAUUGCUUGGUGGUUGUCAACGCGUUAAAUAGACAGAGUGUUCCGGAUUGGAAGACCGCAGGUGUUUUCUUUAAGAUACUGAAGUUGGUUAAGUCUUUUGAAUAUUGUAAUUUUGCUUUUGCUAACCGUGAUUUUAUCUCGGGAGUCAAUGAUCUAGCUUCCCAAACUAGACUUGGCAACAUCAUGGACUAUGUUUGUGUAGGGGAAGGAUUGCCCCCUGUCAAUCCUAUUUUGCUUGGUGUGUGUUCAUGCUUAAAACCUUGCCAUGCUAGGCAAUGGAAUCCAAAUAUCCCAACGUGGACAAAAAACAAUUAUCACAAAAUAGCACCAAUUGAAAAGCUUAGUGGUACUAUUACUGGAAACGCUGCCGUUUUCAAUGUCUUGAGCUAUGGAGCCAAAGGUGAUGGACGAGCUGAUGACACAAAGAAUCAUGACCCAGAGGCCGACCUCUACCAGGACGCUUUGAUAUUUUCUCUGAUUCAAAAAAGCUCUAACUAUGAUGAUUACGAAGAUGAUGAUCAUGAUCUGACGGCAGAGAAUUCGUCUGACCUUCUAGCGGAGAUGGGGGCCAAUGGAGACGUGAAUGGAGACUAA